AUGACCACUGAUUCGAGGCCAGUAAUACUGGCCAGCGGGGAUACUUACGAUCCAGCAUUCUAUUCUGCUGUCAGCAAGAACAAUACCAUUGUGGACAAUGGCACGUCGUCUUAUCUUACUCAUGAUCUCAGCCACCUCAAACACUACCAAGUUGGCAACAUUGGUAUUCGCUUCCGUGGCAACAAUUCGCGUGCUGAAGCCAUGAGAAUUAUGGUCAUUGACAUUGUCAACGAGAAAGGAUAUGAGUUCGAGCUCCAGAAAACUCUGUACGUGCCAGACGUUCCUGCCAGCCUCAUAUCUGCGGAAAAAUUUCUUUAA